UACAGUCAUUUUAACCAGCUCCACGGUAAUAACUUUAAAAGCAAAUCAUGGGCACUGUUUAGCUUAAGGGAACCUUGCAUUAACUUUAAUACAGAGAGCCAAGAAAUACCAUCUACUAGCGACCCAUCGCCUGCACAAGAUGUUCACGUAGUUCAAACUCUUAUAUGUAGUUUGGGACUUCAUUCCUUGAGACAUCUGUCUAUGGCUACUGUCUGUAAAGUUACGGGUACUGUAAUUUUCCCACCACAAUUCAAAUCUUUGCAAGAAUGGUUUCACUAUGCGUUUGCCAAUAGCCAAAUUGACGAAGUCGAUAAGUUUCCUUCUUUGGAACGGAAAAAAUCUGAAGGCUCUAGCUCUAUAGAAAGAGCGAAUAGAAAUACUGCCAGGCUAGCUGAUCUUAACCAUACUAGAGAAGUAAUUUUUGCUUUACCAGGGUUGCAAAUUCACUUGAAAACUGAACAUUUGCAAAAUGCAUCAGUUCCUGAUUUGAACGAUGAUAAACCUAUAGUCGAAUGCAGUUUUAUAACCGAGUUUGAGGAUCACAUAUUCGUAACAGUGGACGCAGAAUCCUUCUUAUUUUUGCAUGACUUAAUUACUUCCUAUCUUCAGGAAAAAGAGAGAGUGCUUGGUGGCUUAGAAAGACGAGGAAUAUCUGAGCAAGAUAAGUUAAAACCAGUUAGCGAGACUCCUUCGAAAAAAGCUUCACUGGAGGGUGAUAUUUUUGCCAAAGAUUGGAGAAACUACAACUGUAAAACCUGGCACUUAGGUUGUUAAGCGUUGCAGGAAAAUAUA